CCAUGGCUUUAAAAGGACAAGAAGAUUAUAUUUAUCUUUUCAAGGAUUCCGCACAUCCCGUGGAUUUUCUUGAUGCGUUCAGAACAUUUUAUUUGGAUGGAUUGUUUACUGAUAUUACCCUUCAGUGCCCUUCCGGCAUAAUCUUUCAUUGUCACCGAGCUGUUUUAGCUGCUUGCAGCAAUUAUUUUAAGGCAAUGUUCACAGCUGACAUGAAAGAAAAAUUUAAAAAUAAAAUAAAGCUCUCUGGCAUCCAUCAUGAUAUCCUGGAAGGCCUUGUUAAUUAUGCAUAUACUUCUCAGAUUGAAAUAACUAAAAGAAAUGUUCAAAGCCUCCUUGAAGCAGCAGAUCUACUCCAAUUCCUUUCAGUAAAGAAGGCGUGUGAGCAGUUCUUGGUGAGACACCUGGAUAUUGAUAAUUGCAUUGGAAUGCACUCCUUUGCAGAAUUUCACGUGUGUCCAGAGCUAGAGAAGGAAUCGCGAAGAAUUCUGUGUUCAAGGUUUAAGGAAGUCUGGCAACAAGAAGAGUUUCUGGAAAUCAGCCUCGAGAAGUUCCUUUUUAUCUUAUCCAGAAAAAAUCUCAGUGUUUGGAAAGAAGAAGCUAUCAUAGAGCCAGUGAUUAAGUGGACAGCUCAUGAUGUGGAAAAUCGAAUCGAAUGCCUCUACAAUCUACUAAGCUAUAUCAACAUAGACAUAGAUCCAAUGUAUUUAAAAACAGCAUUAGGCCUUCAAAGACGCUGCUUACUAACAGAAAACAAGAUACGCUCUCUAAUAUACAGUGCCUUGAAUCCUAUGCAUAAAGAGAUUUCCCAUCGGUCCACAGCCACAAUGUAUAUCAUUGGAGGCUAUUACUGGCAUCCUUUAUCAGAGGUUCACAUAUGGGAUCCUUUGACCAAUGUUUGGAUUCAGGGAGCAGAAAUACCAGAUUACACCAGAGAGAGCUAUGGUGUUACAUGCUUAGGACCCCACAUUUAUGUGACUGGAGGCUAUAGGACAGAUAACAUAGAAGCUCUGGACACAGUGUGGAUCUACAACAGUGAGAGUGAUGAGUGGAUGGAAGGUUUGCCAAUGCUCAACGCCAGGUAUUACCACUGUGCAGUCACCUUGGGUGGCUGCGUCUAUGCGCUGGGUGGUUACAGAAAAGGAGCUCCUGCAGAGGAGGCCGAGUUCUAUGAUCCGCUAAAGGAGAAAUGGAUUCCUAUUGCAAACAUGAUCAAAGGUGUGGGAAAUGCUACUGCCUGUGUCUUGCAUGAAGUUAUCUAUGUCAUUGGCGGCCACUGUGGCUACAGAGGAAGCUGCACCUACGACAAGGUCCAGAGCUACAAUUCAGACAUCAAUGAAUGGAGCCUUAUCACCUCCAGUCCCCACCCAGAAUAUGGAUUGUGCUCAGUGCCAUUUGAAAAUAAGCUGUAUCUCGUUGGGGGACAAACCACAAUUGCAGAGUGCUACGACCAGGAGCAAAACGAAUGGAGAGAGAUCGCACCCAUGAUGGAGAGGAGGAUGGAGUGUGGGGCGGUCAUCAUGAAUGGGUGCAUCUAUGUCACUGGAGGGUACUCCUACUCCAAGGGAACCUAUCUUCAGAGCAUUGAGAAGUAUGACCCAGACCUCAAUAAGUGGGAGAUAGUGGGUAAUCUUCCAAGCGCCAUGCGCUCCCACGGAUGUGUUUGUGUGUAUAAUGUCUAAUUGGAUCCACAGAACUGAUACAGUAUUGUUUGGGGUACAGUAAAAGGAAUGUAAGGCUUGGAGUCCUUACUUGUUAUUUGGUCUGGCACAUGACAGAGAUUGUUAAAUUUUAAUUGCUAACCCUACUCGGCUCCCAAACCCAGUAACUAAUGGUCAAGGAAAAUCUUGUGUAUCAAUAUAGUUGAAUCAGUAGGGUUAAGACUUAUAACCUCUGCAUUUCAAAGAUGAUAUGGAAUAUUUGACACUUGGUAAAAGGAGAAUCAUAGUGAAUCUUUGCCUCCUGGUAGCAUCAACACUGGGCAUAGGUCAAAUCAUUCUAUGUAAUGAGAUGUCUCUUAUAAGUCAUUGAUUUAAUAGUGAACAGGUUCUGCUUAGCUAGCAGGAAUUUGAAAUUUAAAGAGGAAAUCUUCUCUACCUCUGUAACAUCAACACUUAAAUUUUUCCCUUUAAAACUAUAUAAAAUGUGGACUUAAACUUUAAGUGUAUUUUUCCAUUCUAGCAUUAUAUAUUGUUAGUAUUCUUUACUUAUUGACCAUCAGAUAUAUACAAAAUACUAUGCAAAAGAUUAUUGCUGUUCCAAGAGUUCAUAAAGUAAACUUAAAAGAAUACCAAGCCUGAAUAAUUGCAGAGAAAGCAGUCAAAUACUUGCUGAUGCCACGGGCUAAUUUUAAUUCUUAGCCUUGAUGUACAUUGCCAGUUUAGACAUCUUCACUUUAAGCAUGUCAGAGAAUCUUCUUAAAAUAUAGAUGCAUGUCUACAGAUAAAGUUGAAUUUGUGAGCAAGAAAGCAUGUAGAACAGUUGUGAUAUCAAAGAAAAUGCACUGAUGAGAAGAAAUUUGUAUUCAUUUCCCAGCUCUGCCACGAGCUCCCGUUUGGAGCUUGAGUCACGAACCUGCCUGUGUCAGCGCUCCCCAUCCCGUGCACACUGUCCUUGUGGUCGUAGAUGUGUUGGUACAGUGCCCCUCCCUCAACCCUUGCAGCCAGAGGAGCGGAGGAGCCCCGGGUGGCUGGAGUCUCUGGACUAGAAGCCUUUGUCGGUCUUCGCCGUGUGCCUGCAGGCUCCUUUCCCACACAACCCAUAACUGGAGGGUGUGGGAAGCAUUGCUUUGCUUAGCAGCUUAACUUUUAGCUAUGUAUGAGGCCAGCUGUUUUACAACGUUUUUCUUUCUUUCUUUUUUUUUUAAGAGACAAGACCUACUUUUCACUGAAGUUUAAAACUACUUCCGGCUGUAAAACUUUUAGAAAGACACUGUUUAACAAACACAUUUUAGAUGGCAUUUUAAAUAGAUAAACCUCUUGAGGGGUACAAUAUGGUACUACAUAGCCAGGACCAUAUAAUGACUUUAUCCUUUACCCCAUAAAUUCUCCUCAUAUUUUUGAAUUAACAAUACCCUCCAAAAGUAAAUGAAUGAAGAUGGUUAUUUCUGUAUUUUUGUAAUAGAAAAAAAAUUGGAAAAA